AUGGCUCAACCCGUGGACGAUGUUGCCAAUCAGGUGGUUCAACUAAAUGCUGCCCGGAAACUCGUCCUCGGUGACGCAGCCUUCUACCCGCAGAUCAUCAGCGGCAUCCUUCCCAUUGUUGGACCUCACGCGAGAUUAGAACUACGACGAUGGGGCGCGGAGUUUCUUGCCGAAACCUUUUCCAGUCCGAUGCUGCCGCCUGCGCAGAAGCAACAGUUGGCACCAAAUGUCUUACAGUCUAUUCAAGAGACUCUGCUGUUGCCCGAAACAGACUCCGCAGUUCUACAGAGCUUGGUGCAGACGGUCGCCAGCUUGUACCCUCUUGUUUUCCGCCAUAUUGUUAAUCAUCCCGACGACAAGCAGUCAUGGGAGAAGAUGAAUGCAAUCAAACAGGAUAUCUUGCGACGAAUGGACUCUUUCUCAUGCCCCGUCAAGAUUUGCUGUGUCAAGUUCCUCCAACGAGUGGUACAGGUCCAGACCCCGGGCCUGAUUUCAGACCCCAGACGUCCGGACCAGAAUGAGACUUCUCUGUCUAUCGUCCCCAGGACCCACGCUGUCCUUGCCAUUCCCCACCUCGAGGCCGAAGCAUCGGGCCUGCUCGACAGACUCUUAGGUGUAUUCCAAGAAGAGACUAGCGAUGCUCUUUUGGUCAAUGCCACCCUAAACUGUCUCGCUCCUAUCAUCCGCACACGCCCGACCAUCACAAACAAGAUCAUCACCACUAUUCUUGACUUCUACCCAGCGAAGCAUGUUCACCCACCUUUCACCCCUACUGUCCGCGUUAGCGUCAAGUCAAUGGAGCGCACUGCCCGGGCAUUAAUCAUCAAUGUCAUCAAGAAGAAUCCAAGUCACCCUCUAGUAGGGAAAAUGCAGGUGCAUAUCGAGCGCCUGAUGCAGUCCCGGCUUGAGAUGACAGAGGACGCGUCUAGGAAGCGUGCAUUCCCUGUAGAGCCCACUGAUGGGCUGGACAAUGCAAAACGAGUCCGUCUCGACGCUGUUGCACCACCCCUUCUCCAGAUCCCUCCCAUGGCACCAGGCCCCGCGAGCUUCGAUAAGCUUUUCACCCUAACCCAGGAUAUUGGGCUUUCUUCCUUUGAUGUGAAGCAGCUGCCCUCCGAUCUUGUUGUGAAAAUCGCAGUGCCUCUUCUCGCCCAGGUUAACCAAUCAAUGCUCACUCAAGCUGUUGAUGCACUUCGAAAUCGGUAUGAAACCAUCACAAAAGAACAGAAUCUGGCACGUCAGCAACAGCAGCAGCAGCAGCAACCUUCUGCUGCAGACGAUGACGAUGACUAUGAACCGGAGUACCAACCAAUGGACGUACCUGAGAAUGGCCCCGAGGAGGCUAAUGCGGUGGAGCCAGAAGUACCUGAGGUUCAACCUGACCUAGUAUCCUUGGGUUCAUUUGUUCUACCCCAACCACCUCCACUUAGCGAAGAGGAGGCUGCAGAGGUCGGCCGUAGUGCAGUUUCACGUGUAUUCUCAAUGAUCGAUGCCGAGACAGAGCCAUCAGCCAAAAAUAAAAGCCAGCAACAGCUUGGGUUUGCUCGUUUGGCCGGAAGCAACUUUGAUCGAGAAGCAUGGGUUCUGCUCUUAACCCGACUAGCCACCCGUGCUCCAGCUGGACUGGAAAGUGGUGAUAAGCUGGGUAAAGGACAAGUCGGGAAGAGAUCACCCAUGAUCUCUAAUUCAAUCCGAGAGACUCUCUAUCGUUACAUCUUGGAAGAUUUCCGUGGUCGCCUGAGUAUUGGAAUGACCUGGCUGAAUGAGGAGUGGUACAACGACCGAAUUCAGAUGUCAGCAGCUGCGUCUCGACGGGAUGAUGGAGAAGAAAGUGAAAUAAAUGUGCAGUCUUACUACGAUUAUUGGGUUCUUCGGCUCCUGGAUGGAAUUUUACCCUAUCUCGACUCUCGCGACAUGAAGGUGAUUGUUCGUUUCCUUAGUGAGAUUCCUGAGGUUACUGUUGAUAUCACCCAGCGCGUAGCUAGUCUCGCCAAAGACCCUGAACGGGUCAAUCUUUGCGUGCACGCUCUGACGUAUUUGAUCAUCUACCGGCCCCCAGCCCGUGAAAUGUGCCUGAACACUCUGGAGGAUGUUUACCAAACUUACGAGGAAUCCCGCCCAGCUGCGGGCAGAGUUUUGGCCAAAUGGCGUCCCCAGCAGACGCAGCCUACCGAACAGGCCAAUGGUACAACCGAGCCAGUUCCUCCUGUAGUGGCCCAAGACACGACAAACAGUACUCCAGCGGAGUAA